GAGUGGGAAAGGCGCCUGGAGCUGGCGUUCGGGGACUACAUGAUUUAGGAGGGGCACGGCGACAGAACGUUCUCGGUUCCGAUCCCAAAGGAUCGGAGAGGCUCCCUCGGAGGCGUGGUUUCGGAGGGUGGAGGAGUAUGGUGGCGGGGGUCCUCGCUAUACAGGGACUGGAGAGAAGCCUCCUCUGCUGGCUGGGAACCCCCAAGGUUUGGGGCCCGGCGGCCCGGGUGCCACCCAGCCCUUCCUUCCGCUUCUUGGGGCAGUUUGGCCCCGCCCCGGGCUCCUCCUGACCUUGGGGACGGGGUAGAGCCGCGGGACUUAGUGGAGUCAUGGCAGUGCCCUUUGUGGAAGACUGGGACUUGGUGCAAACCCUGGGAGAAGGUGCCUAUGGAGAAGUUCAACUUGCUGUGAAUAGAAGAACUGAAGAAGCAGUUGCAGUGAAGAUUGUGGAUAUGAAACGUGCCAUAGACUGUCCAGAAAAUAUUAAGAAAGAGAUCUGUAUCAACAAAAUGUUAAAUCAUGAGAAUGUAGUGAAAUUUUAUGGUCACAGAAGAGAAGGCAACAUCCAGUAUCUAUUUUUGGAGUACUGCAGUGGGGGAGAACUUUUUGAUAGAAUAGAGCCAGACAUAGGCAUGCCUGAACAAGAUGCUCAGAGGUUCUUCCAUCAACUUAUGGCAGGGGUGGUUUAUCUGCAUGGUAUUGGAAUAACUCACAGGGAUAUUAAACCAGAAAAUCUCCUAUUGGAUGAAAGGGAUAACCUCAAAAUCUCUGACUUUGGCUUAGCAACCGUGUUUCGGCAUAACAAUCGGGAGCGUUUGUUGAACAAGAUGUGUGGUACUUUACCAUAUGUUGCUCCAGAACUUCUAAAGAGAAAAGAAUUUCAUGCAGAGCCAGUCGAUGUUUGGUCCUGUGGAAUAGUACUUACUGCAAUGUUGGCUGGAGAAUUGCCGUGGGACCAGCCUAGUGAUAGUUGUCAGGAAUAUUGUGAUUGGAAAGAAAAGAAAACAUAUCUCAACCCUUGGAAAAAAAUUGAUUCUGCUCCUCUAGCUCUGCUACAUAAAAUCUUAGUUGAGAACCCAUCAGUAAGGAUUACCAUCCCAGACAUCAAGAAAGAUAGAUGGUAUAACAAACCACUCAAGAAAGGGGCAAAGAGGCCCCGGGCUACUUCUAGUGGUGUAUCAGAGUCUCCUGGUGGAUUCUCUAAACAUAUUCAAUCCAACUUGGACUUCUCUCCAGUAAACUGUGCUUCUAGUGAAGAAAGUGUGAAGUACUCCAGUUCUCAGCCAGAACCACGGACAGGCCUUUCCUUAUGGGACACCAGCCCUUCAUACAUUGACAAACUGGUGCAAGGGAUCAGCUUUUCCCAGCCCACUUGUCCUGAUCACAUGCUUCUAAAUAGUCAAUUGCUUGGCACUCCAGGAUCCUCACAGAACCCCUGGCAGCGCUUAGUCAAAAGAAUGACACGAUUUUUUACCAAAUUGGAUGCAGACAAAUCUUACCAAUGCCUGAAAGAGACUUGUGAGAAAUUGGGCUAUCAGUGGAAGAAAAGUUGUAUGAAUCAGGUUACUGUAUCAACAACUGAUAGAAGAAACAAUAAGCUGAUUUUCAAAGUGAAUCUGGUAGAAAUGGAUGAGAAGAUCUUAGUUGACUUCCGGCUUUCUAAGGGUGAUGGAUUGGAAUUCAAGAGACACUUCCUGAAGAUCAAGGGGAAGCUGAGUGAUGUUGUGAGCAGCCAGAAGGUUUGGCUUCCUGUCACAUGAUAGAUCCACUGGUUCUGGGAUUCCUGGUGAAUAUAGUGCUGCUAUGUGGACAUUAUUCUUCCUAGAGAAGAUUAUCUAUUCUGCAAACUGCAAACAAUAGUCCCUGAAGAGUUGUCUUCCCUCUAGCCAAACAUUUUCCAAUUCUUUUGUAUAUUCUUCAUACAAAUAAUAUCUGUAUCUUAACUGUAAGUGAAACUUUGGGGAAAGGGUGGAUAGAAUUCAUUUAGAUAGUCCUUCAUGUGCAUUUAGCAUCUGAAUUGAGACCCUCCUGGUGGAAACCAUGCUCUGGGGUUACAUGAGUUUACCAGCAUUUAUACCAAUAUAAUGAAAAAUUAUACUCUUGUCCCAUUCUACCAAAACAUUUGGUUCCAUCCAAAAAGUACAUAUUUCCUGCACAUUGACUUAAUCACAUGGAUAAAUUAGUAAAAAAAAAAAAAAAAAAAAAAACCUUGUUAUUUGUGGGACAGUAAAUUUAUCAGUCAGUCUGAAGUGAAGCCAGCUUCAAAAUGUAUACCCCAAGAUUUGUACUUAAAAGGGCCUGACCAGGUACCUAAAGCUGUUUUUGAACAAUAAUUAAAAUUGCAAGUAGGUAUGUUUUUUUCUGGUAUAGUUAAUAUGUAUGAUUGGUCUUUCAAAUAGAAGUUGAGCAUAAAUUCUAGUGCUUAACUAUCUUUACUCAGAAUUACUGUUGCACAUUUUAAAUAUUUUUCUAUAUUAUUUUCUACUUUCACAGCCAUAUUUUAAUUCUUUAUUACAGAAAUAAAUUCUAUUUUGAAAAUGAAUAGCUAACUCUGUAAACUCAUUGGUGACUAAACCUCUAGAUGGUAAGGAAUGAAAGAGGCUGGAGACGUAAGAAAGUAAUGGAAAUUGAUCUGAUUCCUGGCUUUUUUCACCUAUUAAUUUUAGUAAGAUCUUGUUCUUUGAAUACAAUUUAUAUUAACAUUUGAAUGUGUUAGAUUGGGUCCUAGUAUUCCCGUUUCUUGGUGAUUUAUAAAAAUUAGCCAGUUAUUCUAGUCUGAAGCCAAGAACAUGAAACUUUAUAGAGUUUAUCAUAUAUUGUGUAUCUUGGUAAAUGGCAUUAUUGUGGUAUAGCUGUCGUUUUUCAAAUAGUCAUGUACAGAUGUGAGAGCUGGACCAUGAGGAAGACUGAGCACCGAAGAAUUGAUGCUUUUGAACUGUGGCGUUGGAGAAGACCCUUGAGAGUCCCUUGGACUGCAAGGAGAUCCAACCAGUCCAUCCUAAAGGAGAUCAGUCCUGAAUAUUCACUGGAGGACUGAUGCUGAAGCUGAAACUCCAGUACUUUGGCCACCUCAUGCGAAGAACCAGCUCAUUGGAAAAGACCCUGAUGCUGGGAAACAUUGAAGACAAGAGGAGAAGGGGACGACAGAGGAUGAGAUGGUUGGAUGGCAUCGCUGAUUCAAUGGACAUGAGUUUGAGCAAAUUCUGGGAGAUUGUGAAGGACAGGGAGGCCUGGCGUGCUGCAGUCCAUGGGGUCAAAAAGAGUCAGACACGAGUGACUGAGCAACAACAACCCACAGGAGGAAUAAAUUUAAACCUAUAGGCAACUUCUAAGAAUUAAGCCAGUACAUUCUCAAAUAAGAAAUUUUGUUCUUGAGAAUUGUCAGCCAGGGAAUUCUCUGGCAGUCCAGUGGUUCAGACUCUGAGCUUCCACUGCAGGGAGCGAGGGUUUGAUCGCUAGUUGGGGAACUAAGUUCCCACAUGCCACACAGCAUGGCCAAAAGAAUAAAACAAGAGAGAGAAUUGUCAGCCAACCAUUGGUAACUCUCAUAAACAAAGUUGUCCCUGGCUUUGACCUCUCCCCUGAACUCCAGACUUUUACAGCCAUGGUCUACCUGACAUUUCCCCUUGACUAAUAAUCAUCUCCUGACCAAAUAGAACUUUUGAUCCCUGUCCUCCAACCUACUCCUCCCUAGUUCCCCCCACCUCAAUAAAUGCCACAUUUAGACCCCUAGUUUCUUAAGCCAAAACUCUAGAAAUCAUCCUUGAUACAGUUUUCAUACUCUGAAUUCAGUUCAGCAGCUCCUAUUUAAUUCAGCAAAUAUGUACAAAAUAGGGCUUCCCAGGUGGCACUGCUGGUAAAGAACCUGCCUGCCAAUGCAGGAGACAUAGGAGACUCAAGUUCAGCCCCUAGGUUGGGAAGAUCCCCUGGAGGAGGGCAUGGCAACCCACUCCUGGAAAAUACUUGCCUGGAAAAUCCCAUGGACAGAGGAGCCUGGUGGGCCGCAGUCCACAGGGUCACAGAGUCAGACACGACUGAGCCACUGAACAGCAAGCAACAUGUGCACUCCCAUUCUGUGGCUUAUUUCACACUUCGUAUAAGAUUGUAGUUUUAAUGUAGUUCAAGUAAGACUUUUCCUCUGUCUAGCAAUUUUUGUUUCCUACUUAAACACUCAUUCCCUACUUUAAAAUCGUGAAGAUUUUCUUUUCUGUUAUCUUCCAAAAGCUUUAUAGUUUUGGCUUUCACCUUUAGAUCUACAGUUUACCUGAAAAUGAUUUUUGUGUGUAAUAGGAGGUCAGGUAGCAUUUUUCCCCCAUAUGGCUAUCUAAUUUAGCACUGGUGAAGAUUAUCCUUUCCCCAUGGGUCUUCAUUGAUAUCCAUCCAGUGUUCAGAUUUCCAAUUCUUACUUUUUACAGUUUUUUGAAUCAGGAUUGAAAUAAAGUCCAUACUAGAAAUUGACUGAUGUCUAAGUUGCUUUUGGUUGUAAGUUCCCACUUUGUUCUCCCUCUGCCUGGUUUUUUCCCUCCUUGUAAUUUAUUGGUAGAAGAACCCAGCUGGUUUACUGUCUAAUUCUUAGUCUGAAUUUGCAUCACUGUGGUUCAGUUUCUCCAUGUUUCAGCUGCCCUCUCUGUUUUCUGUAAAUAGAGACAUUUGGGCUUCUCUGGUGGCUUAUCAGAUAGUAAAGAAUCUGCCUGCAGAGAACGAGACCUAGAUUUGAUCCUGGGUCAGGAAGAUCCCGUGGAGCAGGGAAUCUUCUCCCUUCCCCAAGAAUACCCACUUCAGUAUUCUUGCCUGGAGAUUUCCACGGACAGGAGCCUGGCGGGCUUACAGGCCAUGGGAUCAGUAAGAGUCGAACACAACUGAGUGACGAACACUCACUUUUUACUUUCAGGAUACUAGUCCUGUGUCAAUUUUAUGUGUUGCAUACAAGUAUUUAAAAUCAUGCAUUUCUCUAAGUUUCACUGUACUUAAUGCCAUAAAUUUUCAAGUGUUGUAUUUUUGUUACCUGGCUCAAAUUUUUUUUUUCUAAUUAUUUUAUUGUUUAUAUUUUGACUCAUGGAUCAUUUAGAAUUGUGUUUUUCUGUUUCCAAAACAUAAUUUAUUCAAAUGACUAAUUUCCUUUAGGUUCUUUCCCCCCUUUUAAAUUAAUUUUAAAAUUUUGGAAUCAUUUAUCUUUAAGCAUGAUUGACUUGUAUUCUAUUACUUUCAGGUGUUAAAUGUAGCGAUUUGAUAUUUUUCUUAGAUUUUUUUUAAUGGGGGCUAUUUUUAAAUUCUUUAUUGAAUUCGUUACAGUAUUGCUUCUGUUGUUUAUGUUCUGUUUUUUUGGCCAUGAGGGAUGUGUGCUCUUAGUUCCCUAACUAGGGAUCGAAUCUUCACUUUCUGCAUUGGAAGGUGAAGUCUUAACUAUUGGACUUCAGAGAAGUCCCUGAUAUUUUUAUACAUUACAAAUGAUCAUCACAAUAAGUCUAGUUAACAUCUAUUACCAUACAAAGUUACUACAGUAUUGUUCACUGUGUUUCCUAUGCUGUACAUUACAUUCCCCUGACUUCUUUUGUUCCUGGAAGUUUGUACCUCUUAAUCCUCUCCUUUAGGUUUUUGAACAUAUCUCAAAUAGUUAUUUAUUGCUUUUCUUCACUAAUUUCAAUGUCUUGUCCAUCUUGAGACCAGUAUCUUUUUUUUUUUUUAAUUUUCUUAGCUAUGAGUUACAUUUUCCUUUUUUUUUUUUCCCUGAUAAUUUGUUUUAUGUGGUGGACACAGUGAAUGAUGCAUUUGAGAGAUUCUGGACUCUGUGUUCCUCUAGAGAACUGACAUUUGUUCUGGUGGGUAGGUAACUUGGGUUGACCUGAACUCCAAAGUUGGUCUUCUUUGAGGUGGACAACAGCGAAAAUCUCUGCUCAGUUCUCUCUGCUUCCAGGUGCUCUUGUUGAGCCUCCCAGAGUCAGUGUCAACCAAGAAUUUGGUCACAGUUUAUACUCAAGUUUUGGAGUUUAUCCCCUCUGUAGUUCCCUUUCCAGGAUUUCCCCCUAAUUUUACAGCUGCUCUGCCAACUCCAGCCUAUGUUCUCUGACCUCAAGCCAGUAAACUGGAUUUCUGCCACCCUAUGACAUGUGGAUUGAGAAUACCCUCAGGCAUAAAGGCUCAGAACUAUCUGUCUCACCCAAUGCUAUCCUAGUCUUUUUAGGGGUGACUUCUCUCUGGUUCCCUUUUGAGAAAUUUUUAAGUAGUUGUUUCUAAUUUUUGGUUCAUAGUUUUAAAUUCUUAUCUGAAGGAAGGUUAGUUCACCCAAACUAAUCCACCAUUCAAUUCAGUUCAGUUGCUCAGUCGUGACCCCAUGGACUGCAACAUGGCAGGCCUCCCUGUCCAUCACUAACUCCUGGAGUUUACUCAAACUCAUGUCCACUGAGUUGGUGAUGCCAGCCAACCAUUUCGCCCUCUGUCGUCCCCUUCUCCUCCCACCUUCAAUGUUUCCCAGUAUCAGGGUCUUUGCAAAUGAGUGAGUUCUUCACAUCAGAUGGCCAAAGCUUUGGAGUUUCAGCUUUAACAUCAGUCCUUCCAAUAAAUAUUCAGGACUGAUUUCCUUUAGGAUGGACUGGUUGGAUCUCCUUGCAGUUCAAGGGACUCUCAAGAGUCUUAUCCAACACCACAGUUCAAGAGCAUCAAUUCUUCUGUGCUCAGCUUUCUUUAUACUCCAACUCUCACAUCCAUACAUGCUGUUGCUGCUGCUGCUAAGUCACUUCAGUCGUGUCCGACUCUGUGCCACCCCAUAGAUGACAUCCCACCAGGCUCCUCUGUUCACAGGAUUCUCCAGGCAAGAAUACUGGAGUGGGUUGCCAUUUCCUUCUCCCCAUCCAUACAUGACUACUGGAAAAACCAUAGCUUUGACUAAACGGGGCUUCAUUGGCAAAGUAUGUCUCUGCUUUGUAAUAUGCUGUCUAGGUCGCUCAUAACUUUUCUUCAAAUGAGUAAGUGUCUUUUAAUUUCAAUCACCAUCAGCAAUGAUUUUGGAGCCAAAAAAAACAAAACACAAUAAAGUCUGUCACUGUUUCCCCAUCAAUUUGCCAUGAUGGGACCAGAUGCCAUGAUCUUAGUUUUCUGAAUGUUGAGUUUUAAGCCAACUUUUUCACUCUCCUCUUUCACUUUCAUCAAGAGGCUCUUUAGGUUUUUUUCACUUUCUGCUAUAAGGGUGGUGUCAUCUGUGUAUCUGAGGUUACUGAUAUUUCUCCUGGCUAUCUUGACUCCAUCUUGUGCUUCAUCCAGCCCAGCAUUUCUCAUGAUGUACUCUGCAUAUGAGUUAAAUAAGCAGGGUGAUAAUAUACAGCCUUGACAUAUUCCUUUCCCAAUUUGGAACCAGUCUGUUGUUCCAUGUCCAGUUCUAACUGUUACUUCCUGACCUGCAUACAGAUUUCUCAAGAGACAGGUCAGAUGAUCUGAUAUUCCCAUCUCUUAAAGAAUUUUCCACAGUUUGUUGUGAUCCACACAGUCAAAAGCUUUGGCAUAGUCAAUAAAGCAGAAAUAGAUGCUUUUCUGGAACUCUCUUACUUUUUCAAUGAUCCACUGGAUGUUGGCAAUUUGAUCUCUGAUUCCUCUGCGUUUUCUAAAACCAGCUUGAACAUCUGGAAGUUCACGGUUCAUGUAUUGUUGAAGCCUGGCUUGGAAAAUUUUGAGCAUUACUUUACUAGCAUGUGAGAUGAGUGCAAUUGUGCGGUAGUUUGAGCAUUCUUUGGCAUUGCCUUUCUUUGGGAUUGGAACGAAGACUGACCUCUUCGUGGCCACUGCUGAGUUUUCCAAAUUUGCUGGCAUAUUGAGUGCAGCACCUUCACAGCAUCAUCUUCUAGGAUUUGAAAUAGCUCAAAUCCUGGAAUUCCAUCACCCCCACUAGCUUUGUUCAUAGUGAUGCUUUCUAAGGCCCACUUGACUUCACAUUCCAGGAUGUCUGGCUCUAGGUGAGUGAUCACACCAUCCUGAUUAUCUGGGUCAUGAAGAUCAUUUUUGUAUAGUUCUUCUGUGUAUUCUUGCCACCUCUUCUUAAUAUCUUCUGCUUCUGUUAGGUCCAUACCAUUUCUGUCCUUUAUUGAGCCCAUCUUUGCAUGAAAUGUUCCCUUGGUGUAUCUAAUUUUCUUGAAGAGAUCUCUAGACUUCCCCAUUCUAUUGUUUUCCUCUGUCUCUUUGCACUGAUCACUGAGGAAGGCUUUCUUAUCUCUCCUUGCUAUUCUUUGAAACUCUGCAUUCAGAUGGGAAUAUCUUUCCUUUUCCACUUUGCUGUUUGCUUCUCUUGUUUUCACAGCUAUUUGUAAGACCUCCUCAGACAGCCAUUUUGCCUUUUCGCAUUUCUUUUUCUUGGGGAUGGUCUUGAUCCCUGCCUCCUGUACAAUGUCGUGAACCACCAUCUAUAGUUCAUCAGGCACUCUGUCUAUCAGAUCUAGUCCCUUAAAUCUAUUUCUCACUGCCACUGUGUAAUCAUAAGGGAUUUGAUUUAGGUCACACCUGGAUGGUCUAGUGGUUUUUCCUACUUUCUUCAAUUUAAGUCUGAAUUUGGCAAUAAGCAGUUCAUGAUCUGAGCUACAGUCAGCUUCUAGUCUUGUUUUUGCUGACUGUAGAGAGUUUCUCCAUCUUUGGCAGCACAGGAUAUAAUCAGUCUGAUUUCAGCAUUGACCAUCUGGUGAUGUCCAUGUGUAGAGUCUUCUCUUGUGUUGUUGGAAGAGGAUGUUUGCUAUGACCAGUGCGUUCUCUUGGCAAAACUCUAUUAGCCUUUGCCCUGCUUAAUUCUGUACUCCGAGGCCAAAUUUGCCUGUUACUCCAGAUGUUUCUUGACUUCCUACUUUUACAUUACAGUCCCCUAUAAUGAAAGUGAAAGUGAAAGUUGCUCAGUUAUGUCUGACUCUUUGUGACCCCAUGGACUGUAUAGUACAUGGAAUUCUCCAGGCCAGAAUACUGGAGUGGGUAGUCUUUCCCUUCUGCAGGGGAUCUUCGCAACCAGGGAUCAAACCCAGGUCUCCGGCUCCCACAUUGCAUGUGGAUUCUUUACCAGCUGAGCCACAAGGGAAGCCCAAGAAUACUGGAUUGGGACAUCUUUUUUGGGUGUUAGUUGUAGAAGGUCUUUCAGGUCUUCAUAGAACUGUUUAACUUCAGCUUCUUCAGCAUUACUGGUUGGGGCAUAGACUUGGAUAUUGAAUACUGUGAUAUUGAAUAAUCCACCACUAUUGGAAGCCAAAACUCCCCUACCCUUCAGUUGUAACAACAUAUUUGAAUUUAUUCCCUCAAAAUACAUAGCUAAUAGAUUAGGCUUCCCUGGUGGCUCAGAUGGUAAGGAAUACCCCUACAGUGCGGGAGUUUUGGGUUGGGAAGAUCCCCUGGAGGAGGGCAUGGCAACCUACUCCAGUGUUCUUGCAUAGAGAAUCCCAUGGACAGCGGAGCCUGGUGGACUACAGUCCAUGGGGUCGCAAAGAGUCAGACAUGACUGAAUGACUAAGCACAGCACAAUAGAUUUAGCUAUGUUUAAUAACAUUUAACUAAUAUUUAUCUUCCUCCAUCAAAAAAAUAGCAUCUAUAAUGUUAGUAGGAUUUUAUUUCUCUUUGUUUCUGACAUCAGGGGUCCCCAACAUGCACCACCAUUGUUAUAUUUUUAACAUUGUUAUAUUUUUAAUAUAUUUUUAAAUCUGUCAGUUUAGAUGUGUUGUACGUGGUGUUUUUGACCUUGGCUGACAGGAGACUGUUCUGCGAGGUUUGCUUAUCAGCUGAUUUGACUUAGUGAUCAAACUGUGAGGUACUAUGUCCAUUCUGGAUUUUAAAAGUUUUUUAUUAUGUAUAUCAAAUUUACCACUGUGUGAGUGGAAAUUAAGACCUAAUAUAGGUUUUAUAUGUUGUAAUAUUUCUUCAAGUAAAUCUUUCCUACAAACACACACAAAAAAUCCUUGAUAAGAACCAGAGCAAAAACAUUGAUUUUUCAGGGGCUUUUAAACAGGUGUGGGGAGCAGUGGCUGAGAAGAAAUGGGCUUGUGUGGGACAGAGGUUUGAUUUUGGUGUUGAAAGAACUGUUUUAGCUAAUAUUUAUACUGUGCUAUUUGCUCAGAUUGAGAUCAUGCAGCUUUGGUUUUGAAAUCUGACCCUGGCUCACUGCUGCUCUGUAACCUUGAUAUGUUUGGAAUGACAUGGAAUCUGAAUAUAUAAAACAUUUCGAUGUCAGACUUUCUUACUUGUGAA